AUGUAUUCAAGACAGGCCGUCCAGAACGCACGCUUCGCAGCUCGCUGCGCUAGCCGCCCAGCUGCCCAUGUGAAGCCCCAGUUCCGCGCACAGAAGCCCCGUUUCCAGUCGACAACCUCUGAGGCUGCGUCUGGAAAUUCUGGCGCAGGGUCACACGCAGCCAUUGGUGCUGCCAGCGGUGCAGCCGCCGCCGUCGCCGUUGGCUACAUCUUCUACAGACAGUCAGGUGCUCGCGACCUCGUUAUUGCGUCGCAGCAGACUAAGAGCUACAUCAACUCGACCACACAGAAGAUCAAGGAGAACACACCAGAGCCCAACGAGGCUCUUGAGUGGCUGCGCAACGCUGCACAGAGCUACGCUGCAUUCAUUCCGGGCGCCAAGGGCUAUGUUGACUCUGCCUUCAACGACCUUGAUGCCGUCCGCGCCAAGCACGGCGACGAAGUCGAUGCCAUCGUCAAAGAAGCUUACGGCGAGCUGCGUGAUGUCCUCAAGGGCGGCGACAUCAGUGUCUUCACCGCCCAGAAGGCAUGGCAGGUGCUCGUCAAGCACCUCGGCCGCAUCGCCGACCUCUCCGGCGACGCCGCCCAGCAGAUCAUGGACAACCACCCCAAGCUGAAGGAGAAGGUUGGUGGCAACCUCGACACUCUGAAGCAGCUGGGUGACCAGUAUGGCCCCGAGGCCAAGAAGGAGGUCGACAAGACAUGGAAUCAGAUCAGCGACAUCAUCAAGACUGGUGUCAGCCCUGCCAACAUUGAGAAGAUCAAGAGUGUCGUCCAGGAGAAGGUCGAGAAGCUCAAGCAGCUUGGCGACAAGGCAUGGGACAAGGGUAUGGAGCAGGCCAAGCCUUACCUCGACAAGAACCCCCAGGUCAAGAAGCUGGUUGAGGAGAACAAGGACGCGCUCAAGUCUGGCAACGUGCAGGAGCUGUACGAGAAGGUUAAGACCGCCGUUGAGAAGGGCGACACUGGAGACCUCGAGAGCUAUGUCAAGAGUGCUGCCAGCCAGGCAAAGGACAAGGCACAGCAGUCCGGUUUCGACGUCGACAGCAUCCAGAAGUAUGCUGAGCAGUACAUGAACAAGAUUCCCGGCGGCGACCAGAUCAUGCCCAAGCUGCAGCAACUGCAGGAGGCGGCAUCGAAGCACGGCGACGAGGCGCAGAAGAUCUUCAAAGACGCCGUCUCCGAGGUCACUGAGGUGCUGAAGAAGCACGGCGACAAGGCACAGAGCCUAGCCAAGGAGGCCAAGGAGGACACCAAAAAAUAA